GCCCCAACAAUAAAAUCUAAAUUUGCUAACCCUCGUUUCAGCUCCUGAAAGAACUUCCCAAAAAAACCUAUCAUCACAGUCAUGGAAGACCACCGUCAUAGAAGACACCCGCUUCUUCCUCUUCCCUCUUCCGCACCAGGUGCCUCCAUGAAGCUACUCGAUUUCUCGAUUUCUCGAUUUCAUCCAAAUUCUUGUGAUUAUGUUUUGCCAGAAACUUUGUCGUUGAAGGCCAUGCCUCCUUCUGUGCCGGCGACAGAAGGGGAUGAUUUAGUGACCCCUCAGUCCAUAGGUGAGGAUGCGGUGGAUGGAGAAAAAUCAAGUGCUGCGGCGGCUUUGGCGGCGGCUGCUGCUGCUGCGGGCCGAAUGAAGAAGUCGUCAGUGAAAUCGAAAUCAGGACCUAAGACAGCAUGGCGGAAGCUCCUUUCUCAGUGUUCUCAGAUGAUCAACCUGUUACAAGCAAUUAUGAAAACUCCUCAUUGUAUGUGUUGGAAUGGUUAUUACCAAGAAUUGGACUUCCAGACAAGAUUAUAGUGAAGGAUGUAAGAACAUUAUGUGUAAAUCAUGAUUUUAACUUUUAAGUUAAUCAAAUUUGGAUUUUCUGUUUCUGUCUCACAACAUAGGUAAAGUUCACGUUUGGUAACUGGUUCUGUCUCACACAACAUUACUCUAUUUUGCUGAGUCUCUAGUUUUUCUUUCUUCAUUCUGUUUUACAUUUUGUUAUUCUUCAUUGUUAUUAAUGUCUUGCAUCAUUCAUAUAGCUUUUCCAACAAGAGAUAACUUCUGCAGUUACGAUUUUACUUAUGGUGCAUCAAUAAUAUUCAAUCAUUGUAAUACUCAGAGGAAUUCUGAGAAACAUGACAAUGAUAAUAACUGCAACAGAGGAAGGUUCUUGAGGACAUAAGUGGUUAGGAAACCUCAUGACUAAAGUG